AUGAACGACUUCUCCGCCACCCUUUCGGGGAAGCCCAAGCUCCAGCUACUUUGGCCCGAGCACGUUAAUCUGCCAUUCCUCAACACUGUUCCUCACAGAUAUCGAAUUGGCCGUCGACGCACCAAAUCGAAAUCGAGACCUGGCAAUGAGGAGAUCACCAGUCUCAAAACAUCUUUCAACGCCUGGGAUGGUGUUCGUGAUCUCCAGAAGCAUCAUUGGAGGACGUCGGAUCUCCAAUAUGCUGUUGUUGGCCUCCUGGUUCUCUUCUCCUUCUGGAUUGCCCCUCCGGCUCCUGGUGUCAAGCUCCUAGCUAUCAUUGGUAGUGUUUGGGUUCUGCUUAUGCCUGCGACACGUCAAUUCUUUUUGCCAUCAGUGACAAUCUGGACCUGGCUAUUGUAUUUCUUUUGUAGCCGAUUCAUCCCCAACGAGUACCGACCCCAUAUUUGGGUCCGCGUGCUACCCGCCCUCGAGAACGUCUUGUACGGUGCCAAUCUGUCUAGCAUUCUCUCCGCUCAUCAACACUCGGUUCUCGACAUUCUUGCCUGGAUCCCCUACGGCCUGUGUCAUUUUGGUGCUCCUGUAGUCUGCGCCCUGCUCAUGUUCGUCUUUGCUGCCCCCGGUACCGCCCCUGUCUGGGCUCGCACCUUUGGCUGGAUGAGCAUUCUGGGUGUCACCAUCCAGCUUCUCUUCCCCUGUGCGCCACCUUGGUACGAGAUGGAGCAUGGUCUUGAACCUGCUGCCUACGGCAUGCCUGGAUCUCCUGCUGGACUCGCCCGCAUCGACGCCAUUUUCGGCAUCGACCUUUACACGACCAACUUCAGCACUGCACCUGUUCCUUUCGGCGCUUUCCCCUCGCUUCACGCCGCGAACGCUGUUCUCGAGGCUCUUUUCAUGUCUCACUGUUUCCCCCAAUUCCGAACUUACUUCAUCAUGUACGCUGGAUGGGUCUGCUGGGCCACCAUGUACCUCAGCCACCAUUAUGCCAUUGACUUGGUGGUCGGUGGCUUGAUUGCCUCUUGCUUUUUCUACGCAGCAAAGGCCCGAUGGUUACCCCGACGACAGGAGGGAAAGAUCACACGAUGGGAGUACGAGUACGUGGAGUAUGGCGACCGCAACGCCAUUUCUGACGAGGAGUACGGCGAGUAUUUCGGUAUGGGUCUGCUCGGACGCCCCCGCGCCGAUUCCAGUGAUGGCUGGACUGUUGCCAGCUCCAGCUGCAGUUCUAGCAGCGGAACCCUAAGUCCUACUCUCUCCGAAGAAGCCCUUCCCGGGAUGCUCAUGGAUAUGGACAACAACGGACAGCUCUGGGACGGCAACGCUCCUGCUCGAGAUGUGGAGCUGAGUGAAGUUGUGGUGGUGCGAUAA